AUGCCGAGACAAUACCAAGGCAAGGAUCUAUAUGACGCGAGUGCGACGGCUACAGGCAUGAAUUACUGUCUCAACCCGAGAACCAACCGCCUUCCAAGUCAGAAGAGAAAAAUCGACAGAUUAUCACUCCUCGACUGCAAUUUUGGCUUCGUAGUCUUUGCUAAGCCAUCCCACUCGCGACGUGACGUCGUGGGUAACAAGCUUGUGCGACAGUCUACUACCGAUAAACUCUCCUUCAAGCACCCGAGACACCCGAACGGAUCAAGAGUCAUAAGUAGUUCAUCAAAGUGGCAUGCAAAGAAUAAGGUCAUGACCAAGCUGAACCACGAGUACAACCACGCUAACCCACCCUGGAAGGCAUCUCGCGGAAGUCUGACAACGAAUCCGUGGGAGCUCGCGUACGAUGAAAAACCAUUGGUUUCCGAACCCGUGAUACCUUGGUCUGUGUUCUUCAGCGAAUGCCGCCAGAUGGUCCCCGGCCCGUGCAUCCUCCGUAUGGAUGAGGUCGCGAAAUGCUGUCCCCGCCGCGGUGCUUCCUGUUGGGUUUCGACUGACUCCAUCGAACGAAAUGAGGUGAAAGACUUCUCGGGUGGCAUCUCAGCGAGCGGAAUGUCCAUCUUUGAGAGACUUGAAGAAUACGAGCUUUGGUGGACGCCGAAACGGUAUCGCUUCUCUUCAAGGGGAUGUCAGCUCCCCUCCUGGACCCCCUUGUUGAUGCAGAAUCUUCAAGGCCGUCUUGAGUUUCUAUUUGGGGCGGGUUUACGGCCAACUUUUGUCAAUCUAUCAAGUCCUGGCUUACUCUCUAACACGGUUGCGGGCCACUCGGGUACGUGCAUAUGUUUCUUUUCCAACAGUCUCUUGAGGCUGUACGACGUUGACUACGUGCAAAAGGCCAUGGAGUCCGGGAGCGUACAGAUACAGUACGGUGUAGCCACCACGGUGAUGCUUGGCCAGUCCCUCCCGACACCUUGUCCGCCUCUUUUCACUUCACCGAGCCUCCUGUGUGAGCUGCCCCUUCUGGUCAACUUGAUGCCACACAUCACUCCCACAUUUGCCAAGACCAUUCACGCAAAGAGCCUUCACAAGCUCAGCUGA